AACAAGAAACUUGUCUCUCUCUCUCUUUCUUUGCAUCUUCCUCUUAAUUCCUUCUAUUCUUCUACUUACAUACAAUCCAAAAUCUUUCUACAAAAUGCUAGGCAAAAAGUUUGGUUCAAUGAAGAAACUAGCCAAGAAAACUAAGCAACAACAUGAGCAACUUGAAAACUUGCUUGUAAAAGAUCAAGAUGAUCAAGAUCAAGUGUCUACUCCUACAAGUGCUAAGUCCUCAAAAAAACAAGGAACUUUUGUUGUGUAUGUAGGGGAAGAAAGAGAACGAUUCGCGGUACCAACGAGCUAUCUUUCUCAUCCAUUGUUCAAGAUUUUGUUGGAGAAGACAUAUAAUGAGUUUGGUUUUCAACAAACAAAUGGACUUGUGGUGCCAUGCAGUGUUGCAGCAUUUCAAGAAGUGGUCAAUGCUGUGGAAUGCUGCAAUGGGAAGUUUGAUUUUGGUAAUUUGGUAGAGGAGUUUCUAUAAAGUAGCGCGAUAUUUAUCAUGUAUGACCUUGAUACAUAAGAAUUAUAUUAGUAAUUGGGACGGAUACAAGGUAUAUUGUUACUUUUGUAUCACUUUUCGAGUGUGAGGAUACAAUAACAAUAGCUAGAACGUUUCAGUUCCAAACAAGUUGAGGUCAGCUAUUUUUCUAGUGUGAGGAUAGCCUAUGGAGAAAUAGAUUCAAGGAUAUAUACCUUAAGGAGGUAAUUACAUUUUAAGUCUUAAUUUUUUUUUUAAUGCCAAAGAGAUAGUGUAAAUUAAGACACCCUUAAUAUCCUAGGUAAGCUUCCUUUUGCUUUUCCCAUGAGGUAGACUUGGAGAGGAGAAAGCAGUAGAGAAGUAAUCUUGGCAUUUUGUUUUUCUCUUUAAAUUAGUGUCAACUAGUUAAAUUGUAAAUUUGUAGUGACAAGAAUUGAAUGAGAAAUAUCCUUUGUUUUUUA